UUAGAUUCAACCACUGCAUUUUAAUCACAAUCAAACGAAGAUGCUACUCAGGAUUUAAAGCAAAAACAGAACUGAAAUUAUGCCACAUAAAAUAUACCUGCAUGAAACAAAAACAACGUAAGGGCUAAUUGAGAUGCAUAUUCACUCUGUGACAGCAGAUGGUGCUUAUGGAACAGCUUUGUUUAACCUCUGUAAACAAAGAAGUGCUGCAAAUAUGGAUGAACCUGUUAGUAAGAGACCUUUUUGUUGACGUUUAUGAUAGUGAUGACAUGUAUUGUGAACUUGAUGAUGAUGAUGCAGAUUUCGGUUAUGAUGAUCGCAUGUGCUGUCGUUUCUCAAGGAUGGGGAUAUCAAGACCCUCUGUUGGUUGUCAAGCAGGAUCUGAUGAUGACCUUUAUGAUGACGGUUAUUUACUGGCAGAGGCUGCUUCUGAGCCCCAGAAGGACCUGCUACUCCAGUUGGUUUCUCUCCAAAAGGCAUCAGGCUGCUGGGAUCUGGACGCCACACUGGCUGAUGUGUUUGGGAAGACAGAGGAUGAACUGACCAAUCAGAAACCAGCACAGGUGGAUGGGUCAGUAUGGGCCACUCUCCUGGCUCUGAUCUGGUUAUACGGCUGUAAAAUAGAGCAGCAGGUGGAGUGGCAGUUUGUGGCCAUGAAGGCAGCGUCAUGGAUCGGCUCUCAGAAAGUGGGCGUUCUGUCUCAGUGUGUGUGUGUGGGGAAUGUCCUGCUCGGAUGUCAGGUGACCAAAGAAGCUCUGGGAAUCUGAAGACGUCUGUGUUUCUACAUCCUGAUCCAUCAGAAGACCAAAGAACUGUUUCAUUCAUAUUACUGUCUUAUACUGUAGUUCAUAUUAUUAGCUUAAGUUGACACCAGAUUAUUAUGUAACAAAUUAUCAAUUAUUUUACAAAUUUAAUGUAAAAAUAAUUUCAAUAAGAUUAAACAAAACAAAUCACAAAAAACUGUUUCUACUCUAUUCACAUAGCUCUUUUCAUACAAUGUAAGGUACAAACCACCAUGAAAUGGUUUAUAUGGCUGCUUCUUCUGACUUUGACAACACCAUGUGUGAUAAAGAGGCUGAAAUAUAUUUGAUUAACACUCCACGUAUGAAUUUUGAAUACAAAUAAUCUGUGAUUGUAAAUAACAUCUCAAAUGUAGUUUCAUCUUAACAAAAACUGUCAUUUGGCUUCAGAUGAAUUGGAAUAUAAGAUACAAAUCAUAUGGACUGAUUAAUGAGAGCUUGAUAGUAAUAGUACAGAACUGGGGCUGUAAUUUCAGCAGAAAAUUGAUUUUUUCCCUUUUAUUUUGUUCCAUAGGAAAAAAACAGCAGCACAUGAGUUUGAAAUUACAGAAAUGGGAAUAAAUAAUAACAUGAUUUAAUAAAAAUUUCAGCUAAACUCUUCUUUUAAGUUUUAGUAAUGCUGUUAUACAUUUUUUUUUACUGUGUGAUAAAUAAAUAACCGUAGGUUUUGUUUAAAUGUCAUUUAUACUUAAACUUUUUAUACUACAUUUAUACUUAUAUACAUAAUUUAAAGAAAGUAUUCUACAUUUUAAAUUCAAUACUGGGUACAACAGCUAUUGUUUUUGACCUAAUUGUUGACAAAUCAAUACUUUAUUCUACCAUCUUUUGAAGAAUAUACAUUAUACAUAGUAAAGAUCCAUUUCCAAAAGCAUAAACAUAAACAAAAAUCAUUCUAAGAUGUCACAGCUUGUGAAAAUGUUUAAUAGAGUCAGAAAAUAUUACAAAUAUUUGCUAAACAGUAGUUUUAUUUAUCAUGUGUUGUCAUAUUUAUUCUUUUAUUUUUAAUGUGUUUUUGUAAAGUCGCAGUUUUGUUAUAAUCCUAUUUUGAUCUGUUCACUAUUUGCGGUUGUUAGUUUGAUCCUCAGACAUCACUGUAAUUAUUAAUUAUGAUUUUAAUAUAUGGAAACCACAACAAUUAGAAAACAAAACCCUACACAAAUAUUUUGUCCCCGUUUUUAAAUUUGUAGAUAAUCACAAGUAAGAUUUCAACGAUAUUUUGACCACCAAACAGGGGCGGAUCUAGAAAAUAAUUUUUAGGGUGGCAAAAGCGUGGCAUAGGGUCUAUGAGGGCUGGCAACUCCAAAGAAAGCCCCGAUGCAUAGUUUUUUGGGAUUUAUAGUCUGACAUACACAGUUGUGUUCACAAAUAUUGCAUUACCAUUAAGUAAUCAUCUAU